CCUAUAAACUCGUUGGGUACAUGUUGACACGUUUUUAAUUUAAAAUAUAAAUAAUACCUGUAAAUCCUGUAAUAAGAUUAUUUAAUGUUUAAAGUAUUUUUCUUUUAGGGCUUUGGUUUAUUUAAAAUAAAUUAAGAUGUCUUUUCGUGGGAGAGGUGGACGAAACUUUAAUAGUGGUGGCCGAGGAGGAGGAGGAGGCCGUAACAGUUUUGGAGGUGGAGGUCGUGGCGGUUUUGGAGGUGGCAGAGGCAGGAACUUUGAUCAAGGGCCACCGGAGCAAGUUAUUCCUUUAGGAUACAUUGAUUAUACUGUACAAGAUGAUUUAGUGUGUAAAGUGGAACUUGAAGAUGUACCAUAUUUUAAUGCCCCAAUUUAUUUAGAAAAUAAAGAACAGAUAGGAAAAAUUGAUGAAAUUUUUGGGAAUAUCAGGGACUAUUCUGUAACUAUUAGAUUAGGAGAAGAUAUGAAAGCUAAUAGUUUUAAAAAAAGUCAAAAGUUGUUUAUAGAUCCAGCAAAAUUACUUCCCUUACAACGAUUUCUUCCUAAACUACCUGGUUCAGUUCAAAAGAAGAGUGGGGGACGAGGAGGGGGUGGAGGUAGAGGAGGAGGACGAGGAGGGGGUAGAGGCGGCUUUGGUGGUAGAGGUGCAGGAGGACGAGGUGGAUUUGGUGGCAGAGGUGGUGGUGGUAGAAAUAGCUUUGGAGGGCGAGGAGGAGGAGGAGGUCGAGGAUUUGGAGGGGGAGGUCGAGGUGGAGGAGGGGGAGGCGGCUUUAAUAGAAGUGGCGGUGGAUUUAAUAGGAACAGUGGAAAGUGGUGAAAACAAUUGAUAUUCUAUUUUUUCUUUCUAAUUUUCAAUUUUUAAUUUAUAAUUAAGGUUUAUAUCUUGUAGGUUAAUGUUUUUUUUUUGGUUUUAUAUUAGUUUAAACAACAAAAUGAAGACCUAUGCUAUUUUUACAUAAAUUUUUAAUAAUAAUCUUUAUUAUUUCGUAUAACAUAACACUUACCCUGAAUGUUUAUUAAAUUUGAAUGUAAUUAAAUGAAGUUGUUUCAGAAAAUUGUAUGUCUUAUAAGAUAUUGUAAAUUGAUUUUUUUUAGUAAAAACUUCUUUGAUUU